AUGGGCUUCGACGACCUCCCCGAGGAGCUCGUCGCAAAAAUUCUCACUAGCUGCUGCGAGACGGAACUGCUCGCCGUCGCCCGGCUCAGCCGCCGGCUGCGCCGCCUCGCGAGCUCCGACCGCCUGUGGCGGCCGCUGGCUGAGGCUCGCUUCACGAGCGCCUCGGGGAGAGAGGUGGUCGGCCGCUACGCACACGCGACGCGCUGGGUGCACGUCUUCCGCUUUGCGCUCUGCGAGCGGCAGCGCGCCGCGCUGUACUCUGCUCGCGCCGACGUUGUCUCGGCGGAGAGGCGCGUCGAGUCGCAGCGGAGUGAGGUGCACGAGCGCUCGCAGCAUCUGCGCCGUCUUCGCUCCGCCGCAGCGCGGCAGCAAGCAGCGCGUCAGCAAGAGGGCGUCCUCCGAUGCUCGCGCGCGGCGGUCGCCGAGCUCGAGGCUGCGGUCGGCCAGCUGGAGCCGACAGACCCCCGCCAGCGUGCGCUCUACCGCCAGCGCGCCUUGGCCGCUCGCCACCAGGCUGGGCCGCCGGCGGGGCGGGUUGUCAGGGAGCCUAACCACAUGCCAAAAUGCAAAAAGCAUCGGGCAGGUUACGAGUGCUUGGAGCACUUUACUUGGUCUUGCUACACAUGCUAG